GUUGUUUGUAAACGCUGUAGUACCGCAACUUUCGGUCUCUAUGGCGAAAAAGGAAACGCAAAAAGGAAAUGACUGUGAACUUGAACACCAGAGAAUCUAACUUUUACUGACUCCAAUUUUUGUCCCCUCCAGUUUCAUCUUUCAGUUUUAGAAACACUUACUGUUUUUGGAUUUCUGUGUAAGAACAGCAGUCUUUUGUACAGUGUUAUGUCCUUGAUUGUCAGCAGAGAGUCCUGUUGACACUGUUGUUGUUGAGGUACUGUUCCAAGCUCAUUGAGUCGAGGGAAACAGCUUGUCGUUGAAACUGUUACAAUGCGGAAUUCAAGAGAGCCAUUUCCCAUGCCGGCAGUUCCAAGAAGUUUCAAGAAAUAUAUUCUUUUCCAGAUCGUGGGCAUAAGCCUCAUUAUAUAUAUUUGGUAUAUCAUAAAUGGAGGUUUUAUUCCGAAGUUUUUAGUUCCUCGACUUCCCUUUCUCGAUGUUGGUCCUGAUGUUGGUUGCCUUGUCUUCUUUAAUAAGGAUGGGGAUGCCAGUAAAGUUAGAUGGGCCAGAGAAGUUAACAGCAGGGAAGCAGUUAAGGCUGCGAUGAAAGAUGACAAAGUUGACAUGAUUGCUGCUGAUGUGAUAUUACGAGGCCACGGUACCACCUCUCAGACACUUGUCCCUGUCAUGGCACGACCACCAAAGACCAACAGUGACAUCACUUUGAGUGACUGGCUACAAGAAAUAAAAUUUGGAUCCAAAGGCAUUAAACUUCAUUUCCACUCAAUUGAAUCUGUUGAAAUAUCCCUGCAGAUUUUAAAAGACUUUAAUGAAUUGAACCCUAUGAAAUAUCCUGUUUGGAUACAUGCUGAUGUCUUACAAGGGCCCCAUGGAGGACCAACAGUGAUAGAUCUUCAGCGCUUUGUAAAGACACAGAAAAGACUGUUUCCCAGAUGCACACUCUCCCUGGGUUGGACGACGGCCACGCAAACAGACAUGCGCCAAAGUGCUUACACCUGGGAGAUGGUGUGGGACAUGUUGGACAUGGUUCAAGAGUGGGAUUUUGAAAAUCAGCUCCUCGUUUUCCAAGCCCGGCUCUCCUUGACCCACAACUCGGUGCCACAACUGAAGUGGUUAGCGGACAACACCGGCGCGAGUCUGAUGGUGUGGAAUGCGGAUGGUGACGCGGUGAUCAAUGAGGAUAUUAUGCAUCUGGCGUACCGCUUCUCACUUGAAAAGAUUUACUUUGACUUGGGUCACCCUGAGCUGCAGUUGCACCUCGAUCGACACCGGUAUUACUCAAGGACAAAGCUGGACCAUUUUGCGUUGAAAAGAGACGAGGUCAUGUUUAAGCACGACAUGUGGCUCAAAAUGGGUUUUCACCGACAGAAAAACUCAAUUUUGGCGAGUACGGAGGCCAUAAUUCUUGCGUCUCCUUUGGUUUACAUCAUCACCAAGUCAAAAUACCUUCCUACUUCGGAAAUUUACAUUCAAGGACGAAUCCGCUUUUUCAAUCGAAAUAAUAGGGAAGCAGAAGAUUAUCGUACAGGCUUGGACAUUUAUCUUCGAGCAACAAAAUACGAUUCAUUUGAAGAAAUUGUGGGGAUUCGGUGCUUCAUAGGUGUUGGAGGUGAGGUGGAAGUAACAGGAAGUAAUCUGCCAGAAAAGAUAGAGAAGUUCCGAAACACUGCUAGGGUCACCCCAACAAGUUCCAACUGCUACCGUUUUAAAAUAGUGGAUGAGAAGUACAGAGUCACAAUUGCAGUUCAGCCUCUUCAUGAUUGCACUACUCUAGAAAGUGUAGAGGAGGAGGUUGAAAUGGUUCCACUGGUUAAAGUUGAGAUCCCAAGCAGAUUAACUAGCAAUGAGCAAAGACCCUUUAUUCUUAAAAUGGAUGAUGUGAAACGUCAAGGUCUGAUAGAUGAAAUAAGUGUGAAACAUAAAUUAUAGAAUGGUUGUACCAAGGAAUGGGGAUUGUUCAUAGCUUCUGAAACAGCGAUUCUGCUUUUACCUUUAUUCUCAACAAAAAACAUGUUUUUGAAAUCACAUGUUUUCUUAAAAAUGAUGAACUUGGAAUGAUCAUUUUUUUCCCCUUUGCUUUUCACUUCCAUUCUAGAAAGAAGUAUUUUACAGUAUAAGAAAAUGUACAUGUCCCAGGUUGUGAUUGUCAUUACAAUUCAUUACAUACAUGUUUAUUAUAGAAUAUACAGCAGUUUCUGCGAACAGCAACCCCCUUGGGAAGCAAGCUUUGGUUCCUUUUAGGCAGAGAUUGUUGUUAACUGAAUUUACACACACACACACACACAAACACAUGCAAAUAUGAGUCCCAAUCGAAUGAUGGGAUGAUGAUGAUAUAUAACGGAUUAAACUGAUGCUCGAUCGCUGGGCGGUAGUGUUAUACACAUUUGCUGAGACUUUUCCUUCCAGCCUGCAGAGACUUUGAGGGAAGGUUGCUCUUUGCAACAUGGUGUCAACUGAGAGCUCCUGUACUCAGCAUUGUGUAUUUUCCGCCCAAGCAGUCAGUUGUUGUGAGCUGUCAGGUGAUAAACAAGAGAGGAGGGAUGCAAACAUUCUAGGAAUUUAGGCCAAUCUCGGUGUUCACACUGUUUACUACAAAUUGUCAAAAGUUAAGGGUUUGGGUUUUUUUUUGGGGGGGGGGGGGGGGAUUGGUGAGGAGACAAUUAAUUGCAACAAAGGUUACUGUUAGAGUAAAAAGUUGUUGUUAAAGGGUAUUGUUUAUUGAAAAAUUCUGUUAUACAAACUAAGUCGCUGUUUGGAGGAGGUUGCUCUCCUGUGGGUUGAUGAUAAGUGGACAGCACUGUAACUGUAUACAGUGUAUACUAACUGUAUACAGUGUAUACUAACUGUAUACAGUGUAUACAGUGUAUACAGCAAGGUUCAGUCUAUGCUGUAGUACACGUGCUACAUUCCUUUAGAAAUAACUUGUUUUGGUAUUUGUGGAUAUUUUGAAUAUAUUAUGUAUGUACCAUGUAUGCCACGACUACAACAUUUUGUUCAUGUUUUGGCUGUUAGUGUGUCAUAUUACUUAAGCUACAGUUUUGAUAAGUGUGUUGUGUAUACAUUCAUAUAUAUAUGUGAAAGCCUGAUUUAGCAAAAAUGUGUUUCUGUGGCUAAUAUUAAAUAAUUCUUCCAUCAUUCAAAUGGUAUGACUGACUUGCAAAUGGAAUAGAGUCUCGCGUUCACCUCGCGGCCAAUUUACACUCGAAAUUAUCAGAGCAGUUUCCUGUGGUUUAACAACGCGUGCGUCGUGUUUAGACGGCACGUCUCUUGGGUUACGGCGAGCCGUCACGACAGGUCAAAGUUGACAUAUCAGAAAACAUAGUCUAUUGAAAAUUUCGGGUAUGUUGAAUUUUUCUUUUUUUUUGUAAAUAUGAAUAUUUGUUUACUUGUAUUUUGGUAUGGAUAUGUUUUAAAAUACUUGGUAAUGAAAUUGGUAGGUAGAAAAAGUUGGUUUUAAGGCAAACUGAAGAGAAAUGGGGGUGGCCGCAUGUAAACCAUGCUAUAUUUCAUGUUGGGCCAGAUGCGGCCAGACUGGCUGCACCUAGGAUAGAAAGUUUUUUAGUUAUAGUCUGCAUCUGACAUCAUAGCAACCGCCCUCUCUUAUCAGUGACCAGCAAUUUAUUGACAUUUUGAUUGAAAAAGAAGAAGAAGAAAGAAAGAUGAAAAGGAAAGCGGAAACGGAGAAAAAGAAGGUGGAGAAAGCACAGAAACAUGAAGAAAAGAAGCGUAUGAAAGAAGAGAGAGAGAAAAAGAGAGAGGAGUUUAAAAAAAAGAAGGAACAGGAGUUGAAAAAACGGAAGGAAGACAGACUUAGAAAAAAAGAAGAAAAGAGGAUUGAGAUGGAGAUGAGAAAAGCUUGUAAAGGGAAAGAAAAGGAAAGCAAGAAGAGACUCAAAUAUUUCAAGCGACAGUUCAGUAUGUAAGUGAAAUGGUACUGGACGAUUGGUCUGAUGAAGAUAUUGAUGCGGGUAUGAUAGAUGACUUGUAGGAUAUAUACGUUUGAGUGUGAGAAGGAGUUGAGAGCAUUGGAAGAUGGAAAGCGGGUAGAGGAAGACAAUGUUGAGAAUGAAAUGAUGUGCCUAGAUGUAUGGAAAGAGAGGUACCGGUAGUUAACCGGAAGAGCGUUCAUAUCGAUCGAUGACCCAGUUACACGCGGCGUCGAGGUCAGAUAGGGGUCAGGUGAAAGUGCCGUGGGAGUCAAAAGUGACAGAACAAUGAAAAACAUGCCUCAUCUUUUACAGCGAAUUGAUGCGAUCUAUGAAUAAGUAUUACAACAGCAUGAAUGAUCCCCUUAAUUUAUCCCCUUGUCGGUUGAUCAGACGCUGAGAGUUGGGUUUGUCUUGUGUUUUUGUUUGUACAUUUAUUAUAUGGCUGCUCUUAGGCUAUGCUUUCAGCUGCACCUAGGACAGGUGGCCGCACCAAUGGCUGACCGGCGACCGUAUCUUGGCUGGGUGGCCGCACCAUAGCCGACUUUUCACUAAUUGUAUGUUAGUCAUUUUUGCCAUAAAACAGCAGCAAAAGCUUCGCGACACUUUGGACUUAGUACGUUCACAUGUCCAAGCUGCGGCCAAAAACAACCUUGCACAAUAUGAUAGUGUCGUGAAUAUAGAGGAAGCUUCUCUCAUGGCCGCAAGUGGCCAAGUGACUAUUUUUUGCUUAGCGAAUAAGCCCAAUGAAUUAGAUGUGAUAAUUUGUCAUCAUGGAGGGUCAGGUCAUAUGUUCUUGUCCAGCAUUCCAGAAUGUUAAUGAACAAUACCUUUCAAUGUGCAUACUUCAAGUUCUUGAUGAUAAUUCUUAGCUGUUGGGCUUACUGUGUAUCAGGUCUGCACACAUGUGCCAGCCAAUUAUAUUUUGGUAAGUUGAGAAAUACAUUAUAUAUGGGCCUAAUUCUUAUUGCAUGUCUAUAUUUUUCAGUUGUUUCCAACAUUUCAGGGGUUAUGGUUUUAGUGUUACCUGGAGCUAAUAUAUCUGUACUGUCAAGAGACUCCUUUCUGUUCUCACAUUUGUCAUUCAGUGCCUCUCUGAAUAAGAUCUCUUUAUUCUUUUUCCAAGUCUGUGCUCAUCCCUAAGUAUGUGGUCCGAUUCUUGGAAACCUUUUCUGUUCGUCUUACUUACUGGUACUUGAACACAACAAGUAACAAAGUUGUGUAAAUUGCCUUUAAAAACCUGUUGACAGAUUGUAAAAAAGAGCUAAAUUAAUUUUCAAAUUGACCAAUUUCACUUUACUCUUCAGAGAGCCUUUGAAGAAUCACAAUCUGGCUACUGCUAUUGGGUUGAAAUUUAUGUCUUUGACCCCAGUCGUGGUAUUACAAAUAUUUCAUUUUAUGAAAAAGACAUUUUUUUGUGAAUGAAAUAUAUAGUUUCCCUGUUCACAUCAGUGUUCCAUUAUAAUGUGUGUUUUGCAGUGUGAUGAUGUGGCUUAUUGCUAUUUCUGCUGAUUAUUGUAGCAUUAUUUAGUUUUACACGUUACUCUUUUUACUUUUAUGUAUGAUUUUCUUAUCAACUCAAAUGAAACACUUACCGGUACUGGUAUGUCUACUUUUUGUACAUGAUGUUUCCUGUUUAUGGUUGUACGUUAAAGAAACCGCGAACAGUUGUUUAUUAUGGGAAAUUGGAAAGACAGGCGUAAGAGCAAUAUAUGGAGAAAGCAAGAUGUGCCCAGUGCCAUUUUUAUGACAUGUAAAAAAAUCACUCCUACAUUCCAUGUAAUUUCAUUCCCAUUAUUGUAUUCAUGAAAAGUUUUGUAUAGUCUUAUUUACUCCAUCUGUGAAUGUGAAAAUAAAUAUUUUUUAUUCUUUAUUCC